ACUGGGUAUGCGCUGAGCACUGGUUAUGAGCACUGGUUGUGAGCACUGGUAUUGCAUUACAUGAGAAAACUUACAAACAGUGAGACAAACACUGAGUUCAGAGUUUGCUUUGUUUUGAACAUCCAUUCAAACCAUUGAUAAUACAGUCAAUCAAAUGAUGAAACUAUUGUUACCAUUGUUUAUGUGAUCAACUAAUUGGUUAUUACAUGACAUUUGUCCCGAAAAUUAAAUAAAUUAUUUAAUAUAAAUGUCUUGUUAUGAGAGACUGACACAUGUUAUGACAUAUCUGUGAUAUUAAUUAACAAUUUGAUGAAAACAAACAAUUGUUAAAACAGUGUAAAUCUCAUCUUCAGAAGUGUCCAAUCAUUGUCUUAUAUAAUAUCAAUGAUCUGAUUGUUAAUAACUAUAAUUAUUAAUUGUCAUCCAUUAAGAAGAGAAGUGAAGACAUUGUCUGUUUAUCAUCUGAUGGCUAACAUUAAGGAGAGAUUUAGUGAACUGAUUGGACGUCAAUUGAAUCAGUUAUCCAAUUGUAACCACAAUUCAAAGCGCAACCCAUUGUUGGACACAAAUAAAUCAAUUAAUUCAAGCAAUGGUUCAUUCAUUAGUCGGUAUCUCAAUGGAAAGCUAACAAAGAGUCAUCCGGAUAUUCUGAGUGGUAAAACAUGUUAUGAUUUACCCGUCAAAGAGAUACAUAAGUUGUCGAAAAAAGUAGUGACGGCAUCCACCGGACCGGGUGAUGGACUAACUCAAGUGAAUCGGCGCUCAAAACCUUUUGAUUUAGCCGACGCUGACGUCGACUUUAUUGAUGAAGAUUACAGUGAAUCAAAUAAUAGUUUGCCAUUUAUUAAGAAUGAGGAUAUAAACGGAAUAAUCACUAAAAGCAGUGAAAAUAAUGACAAAAAUAAAAUUAUUAAUAAUAAUGAAGAGAAUUGGGAACAAAAGCAGUCAAUAAAUGGUUCAGAAGAGGAGGACUUAGAGAUACAUAAAAGUCAAACACUUGCUUUGGGCGAAGAGAUCGCUGGUAUCACCAAAUGGGACGCCGGCUCUGAUCAUGCAUACGGUAUCGCCACUACUCUAUAUGAAUGUCAUCCAACUACUAAACAAAAGGCCGGUGAACCAAUAGCCGAUGCUUUUGGUAUAUGUGUUCGUGAGAACAGUGCGAUUAUGGCUUUGGCUGAUGGCGUCAAUUGGGGAGAGAAGUCAUGUUUGGCCGCUCGUUGUGCAGUUCACGGGGCUAUUGAUUACUUAAAUAAAGCGUUAUAUUCUGAGGGUUCACGCAUUGAAAAUACAAUGGACAUAUUUGUAGCACUUCUUCGCUCAUUAAAUGCCGCCCAUAACCUAAUCCUACAGGAAAAUGGAUUGUUGACCACUCUUUGUACAGCGGUUGUUUGUCAACUUAAAAAUUGUGACCGAUUUAUUGUGUGCACCUGUAAUGUUGGCGACUCAUUAGCCUAUGUCUACAAUGAGAAACACGGAGUCCGCGAGAUAACUCAGGGAUCUCACGACAUAUAUAGUAUGCGAGAUAUGAGAGAUGCUUUGGGAGCGUUAGGUCCUGUCGACGGCACAAAUCCUGAAUUAAAUAAUCUAACGGUUGCCAUGACUGUUGUCGAACGCGGAGAUAUUGUCUUUUUGACAUCAGAUGGCAUAUCCGAUAACUUUGAUCCAGUGGUCGGUAAGUUUGCAAUUCCAAAGAAAGAAAAGCCAAAUACGAACAAAACUAACGGACCUUCGGGUGACAAUGGGUUGAAUGGUAGUCGCAAAAGUCGGUCAAGUCUUAAGCGAUCAAACAGUAAUCCGGACAGGGAUUCAGCACAUCGUCCGGCGCCAAAUCCAAAUCUGCCAGUAGUGACGGCACAUCAACGACAUGACUUGUCAUUGUUGCGAAUGGAAGAUUUACUUAUGAAUGGUGUCAAUGACGGAGAUAUUAAAUGUAAUUCAGCAAAGAAUUUAUGUCAACUUAUGGUUGACUUUUCUACGAAACUAACUCAAGCCAAACGACGCAUCUUAGAAGAUCCAGAUCUCUAUGACAAUAACGACUCCUCAUUUGGUCAGCACGAACAGCGACAAAGGAGGCGUCGAGUGGGUGACAAGUUAGCUAUGGUUCCCGGCAAACUUGAUCACGCAUCCAUUGUUGCAUAUAAAGUAGCCUUUUAUGGCCAAUAUAAGGGUCAGGUAUUUGAUGAUAAAUUGGCUAAAAGUGAAGAAAGAUAUAAUUUGAAAGUUAGGGCCACUUUGGCUCGGUUUGAGUCUCAGGAAGACUUCAGUGAUUUAAGUGAAUCCACUAUUUAAUGAUCUGAUAAGUGAUCAUUUGGUUUGUAAUUAAUCUCUAUUUUGUUACUUUAAAAUCAAAGCAAUGAUUUGCUUUUUAACACAUUUUAUUUAUAAAAGAUCUUAAAUAUUAUUGUAUAAAAAGUCGCAAAUGCUUAAAGAAAGUAUACAUUUAUGGAUUAAUAUUAAAAUCCUUGACUUUAAUGCCGUUAAUUGUAAAAACGUUUCUUAAGCUUUCAUAAUACAUAGAAAACCUAAAUAGCAUUUAAUAAAUUAUUAUCUAAUAGUCUCAUAAAAUUACAUUUAAACAACAAAUUUGAUGACUGACUCAAUACCUCUGCCCUUAACUUUAAUGAAUUGAGCAAAAAAUGCAUUUAUCUAUUGAACCAUAAGAUUAUUAUCCAUUGAAUUACACGAAUAUUAAAAUGUUUUACACGAUAUUCAAA